AUGAUCCAGAAGGAGGAAGGAUAUCUUUGGCCCCACAACGAGACCGCCGCGCAGAUGCUGAACAAGGUGCGCGCUUUCACGGGGUGGCCCGGCAAUACCCUGCCCAUCGCGCUCAGCGGCUCGAGCGCGCCGCUGCAGGGGACGCGCGUGCUCGUGUCCGACGCCGAGGUCUUGCCAGCCGCCGAGCUCCCCGCGGGCCCCGCGGACGAGGAGCGGCCCGGCAACCGGCUCGUUUGGGUGCCCGCGAGGGACGGCCGCGAGGCCGCCAUCGCGGUGCGCCCGGCCUGCGACCCGGACCACGCGCUGCUGGUGCGUUCCCUGCAGAUCCCGGGCAAGAAGCAGGUCAGGGGGGGGCGGGCAGGCCCAGGGCAGUCGAGGCGCCAGCGGGGCCGGGACGGAGGAGACCAUGGGACCCGGUGGUUCUCGGGUCAUCGUUCGGGCCUCCAGCGACCGUUCGGGACGAUCCGGCCCCCCCCCCCAGAACGCCUCCGACGAGGCGCGAUCGCUGAGAAGCAUCCCACAGCUUCAAAACCUCCAGGAGCCGACGAUCGGCUUCACCCAAACAUAGUAAUACUAUAUCAUAUGUGCGUCGCCCCCACAGGGGCGGCGCGCGCUGAAACAUCUUAUGGUAUAUGCUCGGUGGCAGGCAAUAUCUGGCCAUACCGCCGGGGUAACGAUGUACUAUAA